AUCGCCGCUCUGACAUCACCGCCGCGCGUGUACGCGCUCGAGAUUGACAGCAUAAGCGCGAGCGCUCCUCCAGUCUCCAGUUCAACAGCAGAGACUCAACGGAAUACAGUAAAAUGAGUGUUUUCUCUUAAAAGAAAAGAGCUGCACCCUACUGAUCCAUAAAACUUCCCGAAGCUCAUGUGCUUCUCGAGGGACACCUGAAGACAGAUUUGACCUGCUGUCCCCUGUUUACCGAAACACAAUCAUCAUCAUCAUCAUCAAUGAGGACAUUAGGAAUGGCUGUGUUCAAGCAACAAAAAGUGGAGGAUUUCUAUGAUAUUGGUGAAGAUCUUGGAAGUGGGCAGUUUGCUAUUGUGAAGCGCUGUAAGGAGAAGAGUACGGGUGUGGAAUAUGCUGCAAAGUUCAUAAAAAAGCGGCAGAGUAAGGUGGGCCGGAGAGGCGUUCGACGAGAGGAGAUCGAGAGAGAGGUGGACAUCCUCCAGGACCUCCAGCAUCCCAACAUCAUCACGUUGCACGACGUUUACGAGAACCGCACUGACGUGGUGCUCAUCCUGGAGCUUGUUUCAGGAGGCGAACUCUUCGACUUCCUGGCUCGGAAGGAGUCGCUGAGUGAAGAGGAAGCCACCGAAUUCAUCAAACAGAUCCUCAACGGAGUUCAGUACCUGCACUCCAAGAAAAUUGCACAUUUUGACCUGAAGCCUGAAAAUAUCAUGCUGCUGGAUAACAAUAUCCACCUGCCGCGGAUCAAACUUAUUGACUUCGGUUUGGCACAUAGGAUCAAGGACGGAGUGGAGUUCAAAAACAUUUUUGGGACUCCAGAAUUUGUUGCUCCAGAGAUAGUCAACUAUGAGCAGCUGGGAUUAGAGGCGGACAUGUGGAGCAUCGGAGUCAUCACAUACAUCCUAUUAAGCGGGGCAUCACCGUUCCUGGGCGACUCCAACCAGGAAACUCUUGCAAACAUCUCAGCAGUGGACUUCGAAUUUGCUGAGGAGUUCUUUGGCAGCACCAGUGAACUGGCCAAAAGCUUCAUCAGACAGCUGCUGGUGAAAGAUACGAGAAAGAGGCUUAAAAUACAAGACGCACUCAACCACCCCUGGAUUAAGACCCACGAACGGCCGGAGGACAACAGCACCACUGUAGCGGCGCAAAUGACAGUAGAAUCUCAGCAACUGAAGACCAAACGCUUGAAAGAGUACACCAUUCAAUCCCACUCCAGCAUGCCACCCAACAACACCUAUGUCAACUUUGAGCGUUUCGCCAGCGUUCUGGAGGACAUUUCGUUGGUGGAAAUGGGUCUCGAAAAUGUGGUUCAGAAGCGUGAAUCCCUUCAGGAUGACGUUGAGGCUCUUCUUUCCAUCUACUGUGAGAAGGAAGCUUGGUAUAAAGAGGAAAGCGAAAGCAUUCGGCAGGAGCUUUCGCAGGUGCGCUAUGAGUUUCGUAAAGCGGAGGUGUUGAGGAAAGGCCUACAGGAAGACUUGAGGACAACCGACGCCAGCUUAGCCAGCAUCAACAGUCGCUACCUGACUAGAGAAGCCCACCUGAGCUCCCUCAGACAGGAGCUGAAUGCAGAACUCAGAUGGUUGCAGGGAGUUAUGGGGUCCCUAAAUGGAGAGGCUAGGAACCUGGGGUUGGGAUCCAUCUCAGCUCUGAACAACGUGGUGAACGAGGCCCUGAAGGAGCUGCUGAGCAGGGCCUGUGGUGGCGAACUAAGUGCUCAAGCACAGCCAGACCUCUCUGAGUCUAGCUAGUGGAGAUAAGACUGCAGUUGUAAUACACUGGGUUUAGGAGGAUUGCAGGAUGUGUAGUAAGAGGUGUAGCUGAUGGAGUAGCAACCGCUGUAAAAGAAAUGUUUGUUCCCGCACAUUUUGGGAAAUAUUUUAAAAGCAUUAGUAAUACAAUUAAAGGAAAAGUCACUCAAAAAUGAAUAUUUUGUUAUCAUUUGUUAUCAUUUACUCACCCUCACGUCGUGAAAUGGAUGAAUGUACAACCAGCAAGUCAGAAUAAUGCAACAAACAUUGCUACCUUAUUAAUAUAUUCAUUAGCCAAGCUAAUAAGAUUUAUAUUCCAAGACUUAAGUUAAUAUUAAAAGAUCAUUAUCUUGACAAAACAUUUAUUUUAGACACUUUUGAGACAUUGUGUUGUUUAUUUGUAACUUGUUUUGUAUUGACUUGAAUUGUCAUGCACAUGCUGGUGCACUACAGCAGUCAACAACAAACUUUUGAAUUCAAAUUUUCAUUGUUUUUGUCAGUAUUAUUUAAGAUUACUUUCAUUUAUGGUCAAAUACUGACCGAACAUCUAUAAAACAUUCUUUUAACAGUAAUAGUAAAAAGUUAAAAGGAUGUCAGCCUUCAUGAUUUCAUUCCAUCUGUAUUCAUGGGUUGUUUUUCUUUUGUUUACAGAUGCCAUAAAUAUGAUUUUGGCCAUAAAUUAUAACUUUCUUUAUUUUUGUUUUUCUAUAUUUUAAAAGUUCUCCAAUUUAUUUGUGAAUGUACCUAAAGCACUACAUGCCCAUUGCCUGUUUUUUUCUUUCUUGUACAUGUCAUUUAGUAUAUAUUCCUAUUACUUUAUACUUUCAUUUCUAUUAGAAAGUCAUAUUUGUAUGCAUAUGUGUAUUGAUUUGUGAACUUCAGCACUUGGAUGUUUUCUCCAGGAUUUCAUGCCAGGAUUGAUGUAAACACUGAUGUUACUUCUUUCCAUACUGAAUAAAGCACUGGAAUGAUGAUUACAGUACAUACUGUACCUCACGCUGAUUAUUAGUCUUGCAGCUGGCUUUGGUGCAUUGUGGGAAAGAGAGAGAUGAAGUGUACUGACCCUUAGGGGUGUGUUUCAUGGAACUUGUGAAAUUAUGUGCUUAGGCAUCACUCAUAUUACUUAUAUUGAACAGUUAUGACAAUGUGAAUGUGUUUUUC